CACCUCUACUUCCCCGUGCGCGAGACCAGGAGGGCAUGCAUCUUCCGCAUUGACGUCGCCGUGCCUAUUCAUGCCGGACCCCGAACGCAUCGCGGGCAGCUAGCUACUUCAUCGACCCGGCGAGCAUUCCGGCGGCAUCUGGGACGGGCAGCUAUGCAAUGCUGGGCCUCGGGCCGCUAUGGACGAGGUCGCUGGGAGCAAGGGAGCCCGUGGGCGAGGCGGCGGUGGAUGCACGGGUGCGCAGGGACGUAUUACUUCUCAUAUUGCACCUCCUAUGCUAUGUGACGGGCCAGAACCAUCUGAGCCUUACCUGCUCCGGCCCCAUCGGUGGUUCUCGCCCUCAGAUCUGAGAUCCGACGCGGCCGGAACCAUGGUCGAAGAAGCCGGUCGACGUGAUCGAGACCGUGAAGUCUGGAAGAAUGGAAGACGUGGUGCGGUGAGAAUGAAAGAAGACAUUCUAGCGAGGGGUGACCCACUUUAUGCACUAAAUGAAAAGGUUAAGGUAAGGGCGGCCCAGCCAAUGAAGAUGCUUCUGCUCAUGCUCCUGCUGUUUGUAAAGGUAAAAUCCGUCCAUGUCCCGUUCCGACGGAGGAUGCGCCGUAUAAACUAUAAGUGGGUCCCUGCCUGA